AUGGCUUCAAAGUGUCUGUUUCUGAUGGUAUUAGGUUUAGUGGCCCUUGUGGGAUCGACUGCGGUGGAGUUUCCCGGAGGAGGACUAGCAGUAUCGGUGACUGGUGGCGGUGAUGGUGAUGGUGAUCCAACUGAUUCAAUGCCAUGCGUGAAGAAACUGAUUCCAUGCCAACCUUAUUUGCAUGCGCCGGAGAAGGUGCCGGUAUCGUGUUGUUUGCCGUUGAAGCAGAUGGUUUCCGACGACACGAAAUGCCUGUGUGGACUGUUUAACAAUGUUGAUGUGUUGAAAAAGCUUAACCUUACUCAGGAUGAGGCCUUGAAGCUUCCCAAGGCCUGCGGUGCCAAUGCUGACAUCUCUAUCUGCAAGAAAGAUUCAACAUCACCACCUAAAUCACCAGAAACUCCACCAACUUCGAACUAUAGUUCUCCCAAGAAAAAUGCAGCUCAUUCACACUCUCAGUUCGAGGGAUUAGGAUUUGCUGCCUUCUUUAUGGCUUUAAUCAGCAGCAGCAGCAUUUUAGAUAGGUUAAUAAAUUGA